AUGAGAUUACCCCCUGAAGAUAAAGGAUAUGAUGUUGGAACAUUGCUUAUUAAUUCUAUUACCGCCGAAGGGUUAGAUGAGUAUUAUGCAAAUCGAAGUAUUUACUUGACGUUAACCUUAACCAAUACAGAAAUCGAACAAGAUACUGAGGUGACCAACGAAUUUCCACCCACAUGGCUCGAACCACGAUCAAUAAAUGACACGAAAAAUCGUAUGGAAUUCGCAGUAUUUCGUCGAUACAGAACUUCACUUAAAAUUACACUUAGAUAUAAAGGAAUAUUUGGAAUUUAUCAUACCGUGGGCACAGUGGAAUAUUGGUUAAGAAACAUUAAAGAUUGUCGUGAGACAGAAGUAGAAAUACCUAUGUUUGAGAGUUUACCCAAAUAUUUUCCUACUUUAGAUGUAACUGGAUCCGAUCAAAGUUUUGAUAAUGAGCUUUCCAUACCUAUAUGUGAAUCACCUACUUCAUUUAAUAUUAAGAAGGCUAAUUUGGAAAAAGAGUUAUCAAACUUGUCAGAGAGAGCAACUGAGAAAUUACCAUCAAUUGUGAAUUCAACAAACGCGAUUCCGCCUGAAGAAUUUGGUGAAUCAUCAUCACAAAAGACUCAUAACGAAAUACAAAAGUAUAAUAAUGACUUGGAUUUUACUAAAUCAAAUGUUGGCAAGUUGUCUCAACUUAACGGAAGCAAUGACGAUAUGUCUCUGAAUAAUAGUGCAGCCGAUUCUGAUGUCUCAACGUCGCAACAUAGCAAAAAUAAGCAAUCCGUAAAAUCAUUUGGUAAUACUCCAGCGGCUAACAUCCCAGAGGAGGCAUUGUUAUCAGAAGUUUCUCCUAAAAGUCCACAAGAAUCAUCUACCACAACAACAGAAAAUCUUGCAAAUAAUUUAGAUUCUUAUAAAAUUAAAGGAUAUUUAAAGUUUAAAGUAUAUUUCAGACCAGGAUUAUCAUUAGCGCAUGAAAAUGAUGUUGAACGUAGUUUAACAGGAGCCAAUGCAAGUAUCUUGUACCAAAAUCCUUUCUGCACGAUGGAGGAUAUUGAAGAGCAACAAAAAAGAGAACGUGAACAAAGAAGGCAAGCUACAAAUAUGUAUAAAGAAAGAUCCAUACCAAGUGGUGAAACUUAUGAAUCUGAAACGGGAAUGGAAAGAAGAAUUAAUAGAGUACAUAGACGUAGAACCAUGAGACAAUUACAGUGGGUUAAAGAUUUGGUAAAAGCCAAGGUUGUUUCCAUAAGCGGAAGACGUGAAUGGGAAGAUCAAGAAAUUAUUGAACAUGAAGUAUAA